UUUGUAGUCUAUUUGAAAUGUAGUUGUCCCAUCUCUUUAAACUUCUCAUAUAUACCAUAGUCUAAUACAGUUUAACUUAAAUCAUAGUGCCGGCCACUACUUGUCGUCGAGGUUAGCUAGCAGAUUUAAACAGCUAGCUAGCUGUGCGCUGUCUAAUCCGAGAAAUGUUUGAUCAUAUCAUGGCGUUUCUAGAGAGUACUAUGCAUGGGGGGAGCCCUUUGAUGUAUGAGGGUGGCUUUGAUUUGAGUUUGCGAGUUACACAACGAAACAUGUUAGAUGCUUUCAAUAUAGUGCUAGUUGUUAUUUUCUAUCUGCUGUUACUUUUAUGUUAUGUAAGGAAUAAGAAUCAGAACACUGGUAGAUCAACAAGAAAAAGUGAUUAUAUAUCUGUAGCGGUUGCAUUUUGUUGUUUCCUGACUUCCUUGGCUUAUCUUGUUACUGGUUUAUGGGAAGCAACAGAUAUAACACAUCAAUUCAACUUUAAGGAAUGGUGGGUAGUCAUAGUCAGAGCACUGAUAUGGGCAUCUUUAAUGGUCUCAUUGUUAAUAGAAAGAUUCGGGUCUGUCAAAUUUCUAGCUUCUGUUUGGUGGAUUGUCUUUUUCGGGUUGAAUUCUUUUUUGAACGUUAAGAAUUUGGUAGAAAAAUGCACCGUCGUGAACUUGGUUUACAUAGAAUGGGCUAAUAGUUUCUUACUUCUGCUGUGUGCUUUAAGAAACUUAAAACACUUUUGCACUAAGCACACACAAAACCAUACUUUAUCCGAGCCCUUGUUGGUUAAUGAAACACUAAACGGGAAUGCAAGGCAUCUACAAGAGCCUAGUUUUAUCAGCAAAUUGACAUUUUCUUGGGUGAACCCAUUGCUUGCUUUAGGCUACAAAAAGACAUUAGUCCUUCAAGAUAUUCCAUCUGUAGCAUCCGUAGACCAAGCUUCCAUUGCCCACAAGAAGUUCACCAAUGAAUGGAAUUUACUUAUAAACGCCUCCACAAACAAUAGUAACUUAGUACCUAAAGUGUUAGCAAAAGUUUAUUUUUGGGAGAUGGUAAUUUCAGGAGUUUUGGUUUUUCUUAGGACGAUAGCUGUUGUUGCUAGCCCAGUGUUACUCUAUGCAUUUGUGAAAUACACCAACAGUGACACUAAAGAUUUGCAUCAAGGUCUGGUGUUAGUAGGGUGUUUAAUUGUAGUCAAAGUAGUGGAGUCAUUGUCUCAUAGACAGUUUUUCUUUAGUGCAAAAAGAACUGGUAUGAGGAUGAGAUCCGCUUUAAUGGUGGCGGUGUAUGAGAAGCAACUUAAACUUUCUAGUCUAGGCCGGAAAAGGCACUCCACCGGGGAAAUUGUGAAUUACAUAGCAGUUGAUUCAUACAGAAUGGGUGAAUUUCCUAUGUGGUUUCAUGUGGGGUGGUCCUCAUUUCUUCAAUUAUUUCUAGCUAUUGGUGUCCUGUUCUUCAUAGUAGGAUUAGGUGUUCUUCCUGGUUUAGUACCCCUCUGCAUAUGUGGAAUGCUUAACUUUCCAUUCGGAAAAGCAAUCCAAAAAUGUCAGUUAGAGUUCAUGAUUGCUCAGGACAAGAGACUGAGAUCCACUUCUGAGAUUCUAAAUAAUAUGAAGGUCAUCAAGUUACAAUCGUGGGAAGAAAAGUUCCAAAGAAUUGUCGAAUCUUGUAGAGAAACCGAAUUCCAUUGGUUACAUGAAGUUCAGUUUAAGAAGGUUUAUAGCACAAUAUUGUAUUGGACGUCACCAACACUCGUUUCUUCAGCUAUACUUUUUGGAUGUGUGUUUUUGUCAAGUGCUCCUUUAGAUGCUGCCACUAUAUUUACCAUUUUAGCAACACUAAGAACUAUGUCUGAACCUGUGAGAUUUUUCCCUGAUGCACUCUCCGCAUUAAUCCAGGUUAAAGUAUCAUUGGAUAGGAUUAAUUCUAUCUUAGUUGAUGAUGAACUACAAGAUAACAGUAUUAAAGAUCAAGAACUUGAAAAGUCUCAUGGUUCUAUCAGUAUACAGAAUGGAAAUUUCGCUUGGGAUCCUGAAUCGCCUACACCAACACUGAAAAAUGUAAAUCUUGAAGUAAAAUAUGGUCAUAAAGUUGCAGUUUGCGGGUCAGUGGGUGCUGGAAAAUCAUCUCUGCUAUAUGCUAUACUUGGAGAAAUAUCCAAAACUUCAGGAACUGUGGGUAUUUCUGGAACAAUUGCCUAUGUAAGUCAAACAUCUUGGAUUCAGAGUGGGACGAUUCAAGAUAACAUACUGUAUGGGAAGCCGAUGGAGAGAACUAAGUAUGAAAAGGCCAUCAUGGCUUGUGCUUUAGAUAAGGAUAUUGAAACUUUCAACUAUGGAGACUUAACAGAAAUAGGCCAAAGAGGGCUUAACUUGAGUGGGGGACAGAAGCAGAGGAUUCAGCUCGCUAGAGCAGUUUAUAGUGACGCUGAUAUUUAUCUUCUUGAUGACCCUUUCAGUGCUGUCGAUGUGCAUACUGCAGCAACUCUUUUUAAUGACUGUGUUAUGACUUGUCUCAAGGGGAAAACCGUCAUUCUUGUAACUCAUCAAGUGGAAUUUCUCCCAUUGGUUGACGACAUUCUGGUUAUAAAAGACGGUCAAAUAAUACAAUCAGGGAGCUAUGAGGAUCUCUUGAUGGCUGGGGCAGCUUUUGAACAACUAGUGAAUGCUCAUAAAGAUGCCAUUACAGGUUUAGAACCGUCAUCUCAUGAAAACCCAAGUAGACUCCAUAAACAAGUAAAUAUGCAUCAAAGUGUGAAAGACAAAAAUAUAAGUUCUAUCAGUAAAGAAGACAAUGUGAAGAUAUCAGGUGUGCAGUUGACCGAAGAAGAAGAGAAGGAGAUUGGGAAUGUUGGAUGGAAGAGUUUCUUAGAUUAUGUCAUGGUCUCACAAGGAACAUGGCACUUUUCGUUGACUUUACUUGCUACUUUUGGUUUCGUUGGUCUUCAGGCAGCAGCAAGUUAUUGGCUGGCGUUCGGUAUUCAAAUCCCUGAAAUUACCACCACCCUUUUGAUUAGCGUUUACACUUUGGCUGCGGCUACAAGUAUCUUCUUUGUGUAUCUUAGAUCAGUUUCUGUCACCCUUUUGGGAUUAAAAGCCUCCAAAUCGUUCUUCAAUAAAUUUACCGCUUCAAUUUUCAGCGCUCCCAUGCUCUUCUUUGACUCUACUCCGGUUGGAAGAAUUUUGACAAGGGCCUCCUCUGAUCUUAAUGUAAUAGAUUUUGACAUACCUUUUUCGUUUGCCUUUGUGGUUGCUGGUAGUGUUGAAGUACUUGGCACGAUUGGUGUUAUGGCCUCAGUGACCUGGCAAGUUCUUAUUGUAGUCGUCUUAGCCACUGUCGCUACAAAAUAUGCUCAGGGAUAUUAUCAGCCGACUGCACGGGAACUAAUGAGAAUCAACGGGACCACGAAAGCACCUGUGAUGAACUACACAUCUGAAACAUCACUUGGAGUGGCUACGAUACGAGCAUUCAAGAUGCAAGACAGAUUCUUCAAGAACUAUCUUAAGCUGGUGGAUACAGAUGCGAGUACUUUCAUUUUUUCAAAUGCAACAUUGGAAUGGUUGAUUUUGAGGACAGAAGCAUUUUCAAACCUCAUCCUUUUCACAGCUGGUUUUCUCUUGGUUUUGAUACCAAAAGGUUUUGUCUCUCCAGGAAUGGUCGGCCUCUCUCUUUCUUAUGCACUAGUGCUCACUACCGCCCAAGUGUUCUUUAUUAGAUGGUAUUGUAGCUUGGCUAAUUACAUCGUUUCAGUAGAACGGGUCAAACAAUUUAUGCACCUUCAAACAGAACCACCAUCUAUUGUUGAAAAUAAUAGACCACCAUCGUCUUGGCCUUCCAAGGGAAGGAUAGAAUUCGAGGAGUUAAAGCUGAGGUAUCGUCCAAAUGCACCACUAGUUCUCAAAGGGAUCACUUGCACAUUCAAAGAAGGGACUAGAGUAGGAAUAGUUGGUAGGACAGGAAGUGGAAAGACGACACUAAUAACAGCCUUAUUCCGUUUGGUGGAACCUGAUAGCGGAAGAAUUUUUAUAGAUGGGAUCGAUAUCUGCCAUAUAGGCCUUAAAGAUCUUAGGAUGAAACUAAGUGUCAUCCCCCAAGAACCAACCCUUUUUAGGGGCAGUAUUCGAACAAACAUGGACCCUCUUGGAAUUUAUUCUGAUGACGAUAUAUGGAAGGCAUUAGAAAAGUGCCAGCUUAAAAGUACUAUUGCAAGUCUUCCGAAAUUGCUAAACUCUUCAGUGAGUGAUGAAGGGGAUAAUUGGAGUGCCGGGCAAAGACAAUUGUUUUGUCUUGGACGAGUAUUGCUUAGAAAAAACAAAAUCCUAGUACUCGAUGAAGCAACUGCAUCCAUUGAUUCAACCACAGAUGCCACUCUACAAAGAAUCAUAAGGGAAGAAUUCUCUAGUUGUACUGUCAUAACCGUAGCUCACAGAGUCCCAACGGUUAUAGACAGCGACAAAGUCAUGGUCCUGUCUUAUGGGGAAAUGGUGGAGUACGAUGAGACUUCAAAGUUAAUGGAGACCGAUUCUUUCUUCUCCAAGCUUGUAGCCGAAUAUUGGUCUAGUUGUGAAAGGAAGUCAGUUCAGUGAUUACAUGAUCAAUAUGAGUAACUAAUACUGGCAUACCAUAUGUUUCAAAAAUAUAAUUGACGGAAUAAAAUCUUAGAUGCCAAAAUAUAACAAAAUGAAAUGGUAUUUUUUUUC